AUGUAUUUGUUGAUAUACUAUCAAAGUUAAUAGAUGAUUCAUUCCGUUACUAGAACCUUUUUAUCAAUCUAUGUAAUUUUUAGAUUUCCAUUUCUUCAUCUUGAAAUAGUCUAUAUCAUGUUAACAUUUGAUUUCAUUAUUAUCUACUUAUUUUUUUAAAUAGAUAAAAAAAAUAAAAUCCAGUGUUUUUUGGCCAAGGAUUAUUGGUGGAGAGCAUUGAUAAUAUUUAUGAUAUAGGAAAUGUUGGUUAAUACUGUUUAUGCUGUAUAUACUUGGUUUGAAGUAAUUGCUUGGUUUCUGGUUUACUUUAUUAUAUUAUGUUACGUGUUAUGGGAGUGCUAGAUGAUAAGAUACAGAUAACAUAUCACAUUCCACUUUAAUGCUUUUUAUCUUGGGUAAGCAUAUUUAGACAGUGAUAUAUUAUUUCCAUGUUCCUUAUUAAAAUUAUUUAAACAUUGA